AUGCUGUACCUCAAUUUAGCCACUCACCAGCCAACGUUCAACAACCGUCCAGCGAUGAUGCAAUCGACGCAAAAACCAUCAAAGACGCUCACACUGACGCUCGACGCUUGGGAAUCCAAGUCACCGCUGAGCACGACAGCCAACAAAAGCCUAAGUGUGUUAUCCAAUGCCAGUGCGGAAUACGAGCGACCGUUGCCGAUAAAGCUAAGCCUGAACAAAUCGCAAAUCAGUAAAAGCGCAACACCAAAUCUGAACACUCCCUUUGAAGUACCUGGCACGCCUCAGAAUGAGCAUAAUCAGACGCAGAAUGAAAUCAUCACUACUCCACAGCAAUACCUCGAAUGGUUUGAGCAGAUUGAGAAGUCUAUCGAUAAUGAACACGAAUCAAAGUAUCAGAAUCAUCUACAGAAACUAAACAGCGAGUUGCAAGUACAUGAAGAUAUUUUGAAUAAAGUGAGCUUGUUAGAAGACGAAAUAUCCUCGCUGCGUGAUAAUUGGGAUGCUAUCGAUACUGGUACAGCGUCACUCAAGGAUGCUUGUCAGAGGUACCUCGAUGAGCGCGACGAUUUGAUAGCCUUGAAGGAGAAAAUGCAAGAGCAGCAGCAGCAGCAGCAGCAGAAGCAGAAGCAGUAA